UCCCUUUAUUGCUAAUAGACUAAAAUGCCUUCUAUAGAAACUGGUGCAUCCACCAUCUCCUCCUCUAUUAGUUUAAUUAAAACUAUUAUUGGGGCAGGACUCCUUUCUAUGCCAUUGGCUUUUUCUACAGAUGGUGUAAUAUUUGGAAUCAUUAUAAUUCUUAUAGCUGCUAUAACUUCAGGUUAUGGAUUAUUCCUUCAAGCUUAUACUUCUAAAUAUGUUCCAUCAGGUCAUGCUACAUUUUUCAAUCUUUGUUCUGCUUCUUAUCCAGCAUUAUCAGUAGUAUUUGAUAUUGCUAUUGCAAUUCAAUGUUUUGGAUGUGCUUUAUCAUAUUUAGUAUUAAUAGGAGAUAUAUCUCCAACUAUAGUAACUUAUGUUCCAUAUAUUGAUCCAGAUUAUUAUAGAACUUUUUGGAUUUUAUUAUCUACUAUUAUUUGCGUUCCAUUAGCAUUUUUACAUAAUUUGGAUAGUUUAAAGUAUACUUCAAUAUUAGGUCUUGUAGCCAUAUUUUAUAUGACAUUACUUGUUAUUGGACAUUAUUUUACUGGAGAUAUUUCAAAUGAUUUAAAAGGUGAAAUUGUAUUAUUGCCACCUAAUUUAACAGGAAUAUUUAGUACAUUUUCAAUCAUUGUAUUUGCAUUUACUGGUCAUCAAAAUAUGUUUUCAAUAAUUAAUGAAGCUAAAGAUAAAUCUUUAAAAUCUUUAACAACUCUUAUAAAUUUUGCAAUUUUAUUAUCUUCAUUACUUUUUAUAUUUGUUGGUUUAGCAGGUUAUUUAACUUUUGGUAAUAAAGUUGCUGGUAAUGUUAUAUUAUCUUAUCCUCAAGCUUGGUAUAAUGAUUUAGGUAGAUUCUGCAUUGUAUUUAUGGUUAUAUUUUCAUUCCCAUUAAUGUUACAUCCUGCUAGAAUUUCAAUUAAUAAUAUUUAUUAUUGGUUAUCUGUUAAUGUUUUCCAUACUACUCAACCAUUUGUGGUUGAACCAAGUGAUAAUGAAGCAACUGCUUUAUUACAAGAAAGUCAGGAUAACCUUAAAACUCACAACAUUGUCCCAUUUCCUCAACAUACUUUUAUAAUUAUUACCACUGGUUUAUUACUUUUGGCUUAUGGAUUAGCCAUUAGUAUUAAAUCAUUUGCUCUUGUACUUGCAGUUGUAGGGGCUACAGGAUCUACUGCUAUUUCAUUUAUCUUACCAGGAUUGUUUGGAUACAAGCUUAUUGGAUCUGAAUCUCCAAGUCCAUCAAUUAAAGAGUCAAUUCUUAAACAACUCUCUUUAGUACUUACCGUGUGGGGUAUUAUAGUUAUGAUUCUUUGUUUAUAUGUAACCCUCUUUUUAUCUGAUGUUUGAAGAUAGAAUACAGAUUAAAGUAUAGUACAAUUAAAGUACAUAAGGUACAAUUUAUAGUAUAAUUUAUAGUAUAAUUUAUAGUUUAGUUUAUAGCAUACCACAGUCAUACAAUUAAGAGCAGUGUAUAUAAAAAAAAUAUAGGAGUGAAAAAUCUGGAGUAUACUCCACAUUAAUCAUUAAUA